UUGCUGAGAGUCUGUUCUGUUAUUCACUACUUCUGUAGUGGUCUCAUGCUCUGUAAUUGUCUGUACUGCUGUAUGUGUGAGUGGUGUCCUCUAGUCUUGUAUGCUAUGAAGGAGUUAAACCUGAGAGCAGAUAGUGACAGAGCAAGCUAUUGGCAGAAUCAUGCGUGUCAGGACAGGCAGCAGUGUACAAGCUGCAGGAAUGUCUGAUCAGGAGGUGUUGUAGGCAGAGGAGGAGAUACACCCAUCUCUCCAGCAAUCUCAGAUUCUCUCUCCCUCAUUUCUGCCUUGGUGAGGCAGAAGGGCAGGUGUUGGGUGCCAGGCUGGCAUUUUCUGUGUUUCCCCGGAUUGCCGUUUUCAGAUACCAAGAUGGAAGAGCAGUGUAUGAAGGAUUCUCGAUCAGCUCUCUGUGCACAGAUGGAGUGUAUGUUACGUGUGCUGCAGGACCUGAAACGUUCCUCUUCCCCUGACCCAGAGGAGCCACCAGCUCCGCUCCCUCGUCGGACAGUCAGAAGAGAUCUACGCUCUACUCACCGCACUUCUGACCUGUCUGAAGCAGACUCUGCCUGUUGCAUGGAUCUUCCAAACGAGGUGUCCCCUGGGAUUUGUGGGCAACGGGGGCUGGAAUGGGACUCUGGAUAUUCUGAGGUGUCAGGGGGCUCUCUGCGGGGAGAAGAAGAAGAUGAGGAUGAUGAAGAAGACUAUGAUCGGUUGCCUGCACCUGUUGUAUUGCGUCGACAUCCACCUUGCCAGCGACUUUCUUCUGGAGGGCUUCUACGCACACGUCAAGGAAAUAGAGUACGUCCCAAGUCGACAUCAGAUGUCUGUUUGGAACAGUGGAGUGGCAUUGGUUUGGGAGCUGACUCCCAGGACUGGACUGGUUGCUUGCUCUCACAGUGCCGCAGUCGGCAACCUCUUGUAUUGGGGGACAACAGCUUUGCUGACUUGGUCAAACAGUGGAUGGACUUACCAGAAAAUGGUGAAGAGGAAGGACGAAGAGCAAGGGAGGUGGGACAUUGGCUAAACAAACCACAUGGGUUUCUAAUUAGUCUGUCUGGUAAUGUCAAGAGGCGCCUAGGAAACAUGUCCCGAACACGGGGCCGCCCUGAACAAGAAGCCAGCAAGCGCCUAUCCUGCCCACAACUUGGUUGCCGGCCCCUCUCUCUCUAUUACCACCAAUCUCUCUCGGACAUUGCAGAAACAUCUUCAAACCACUUACACUGCCGAAGUCGGAGGCCCAUUAUCUGCAAUGAUGGAGCUGGAUUCUUAUAGCACUGGACUUUAAAUGAACUCUGAGAUUGGGCUGUGUAAUAAAUUAUAUAUAUAUAUAUAUAUGUACAGUUUUAUAUUAUUUUUAUUAUAAUUUUUUAUUUUUAUUUUCUUUGCAAUAAAUGGAAGAAAACUAA